AUAAAAUAAAAAUAAAAAACACCAAAUAGCAAAAAAGUCGAACCAUCCAACUCCAGAGCAGACUUGUUAUCAGAAGGCAACUGUAAGCACUACUACACGAUGAUUGUAUCCCACUGCUCUCUAACACGACCCUGGCAUCGAUCAACUCACGAACCCUAUUUCCCUAACCUUAAGAAACCAAAAUACCCUCUAAUUUUCACUUCUAGCAUAACCUAUUCCUUAAAACUCACGGCCCAUGUUCUCCCGCAAGGAACUGAAGUAGUGUCCCCUGACAACGUUCUUGUACAAAACCCAGUAAUUGAGACCAUAGAAGCAAAAGAAGAAGAAGUCCAUGGAGUUUUCAAUGGAGUGGCAAGCACCAAAUCAGAAGAUAAAACCCCAGUGAAGAAGAAGAAGAAAGAAGAAGAGGACAGCUUUGAAAAUAGGUUCCAGCUUCGAAAUGGAAGAGAGGUUUACGAGGAGAAAGCUUAUCUGGUUGGAGUUGAGCGAAAAGGCAAUACGGUUGAUGCUUUUGGGAUAGAGGAGUCCCUUGAAGAAUUGGGACAGCUUGCUGAUACUGCUGGAGUUGCAGUUGUUGGUUCUACUUAUCAGAAACUAGCUUCUCCGAACCCGAGGACUUACAUUGGAUCAGGCAAGGUUGCGGAAAUUAAGAGUGCGAUUCAUGGACUGGGUGCUGAGACUGUAAUAUUUGACGAUGAACUUUCUCCGGGACAACUGCGUAACUUGGAAAAGAUUUUUGGUGGUGAUGUUAGAGUUUGUGACCGCACUGCCCUUAUCCUGGAUAUAUUCAACCAGCGAGCAGCGACACAUGAAGCAUCUUUGCAGGUUGCACUGGCUCAAAUGGAAUACCAGUUACCUCGACUAACUAGAAUGUGGUCUCACCUUGAGCGCCAAGCUGGAGGCAGGGUGAAGGGUAUGGGAGAGAAACAAAUUGAAGUAGAUAAGCGUAUCCUCCGUACUCAAAUUGGUGUUCUUAAAAAAGAGCUAGAAUCUGUUAGAAAACAUAGAAAGCAGUACAGGAAUAGGCGUACCUCUGUUCCUGUCCCUGUAGUAUCUUUGGUUGGUUACACAAAUGCCGGAAAGAGUACACUUUUGAAUCAAUUAACUGGAGCAGAUGUUCUUGCUGAGGAUCGGCUAUUUGCGACACUUGAUCCUACUACAAGAAGGGUUCAGAUAAAGAACGGGAAUGAGUUCCUUCUGACAGAUACUGUUGGUUUCAUCCAAAAGCUCCCAACUACCCUUGUUGCUGCUUUCAGGGCAACAUUGGAGGAGAUAUCAGAGUCAUCGCUGUUGGUACAUGUGGUUGACAUCAGCCAUCCACUGGUGGAGCAACAGGUACAUGCAGUGGACGAAGUUUUGUCGGAACUGGAUGUAUCAUCAAUUCCAAGGCUGAUGGUUUGGAACAAGGUUGACAGGGUCAGUGAUCCUAAGAAACUAAAGUUGGAAGCAGAGAGAAAACAAGAUGUUGUUUGUGUGUCUGCUUUGAAUGGCGAUGGGUUAGAAGAAUUCUGCAAUGCAGUUCAGGAAAAAAUGAAGGAUUCUAUGGUAUGGGUAGAAGCUUUGGUUCCUUUUGACAAGGGGGAGCUCCUCAGUACCAUACAUCAAGUUGGAAUGGUAGAGAGAACAGAAUACACAGAAAGUGGGACAUUGAUCAAGGCGCACGUCCCACUUCGUUUUGCAAGGUUUCUAACUCCUAUGAGACAGUUGUGUGCAUCGUAACUCCAUAGCCUUGUUGGAUGAUUUUGUAGAACUUCUCUAGAUCGGACUGUACAGAACUCACCCUUGACUGCAACGGAAAUCCGCAUCUUUGAAUCGCAGCAUAAGCUCUUAGAGAUGGGUGGCUAUUGGACAUGCUACGACCAUGAGAAAGGAAAAUGCUACCAAGGGAACUGCGUUCGAAGAGGUCAAAACGUCGUAGUUCUACAAAGCACAAGUUAAAUCCACUAAUAGCACGUGAUAAGUUUCGAGAAGGAAUGGAGAAACCUGUGGGUGUCAUUUUUCUGCAAUGGUGUUUCUGUAACCCUAGGGCCAGGGCCCAUGGGCUUUUCCAUGACUACUUGAACCUAUUAGCCCAACAAAUUCGAAAAUCAAUAUUAAAUAAGUUAUUGAGUUAA